UGUGGUUUACCUCCGUUUUCCGUUUCUCUCACCGAAGUGCGUGUCACCACCCCAUGGAAGAUUCGAUGGAUAUGGACAUGAGCCCCCUGAGGCCCCAAAACUACCUUUUCGGUUGUGAACUAAAGGCUGACAAAGAUUACCACUUUAAGGUGGAUAAUGAUGAAAAUGAGCACCAGUUAUCUUUAAGAACGGUCAGUUUAGGUGCUGGUGCAAAGGAUGAACUGCAUAUUGUUGAAGCGGAAGCAAUGAAUUAUGAAGGCAGCCCAAUUAAAGUAACACUGGCAACUUUGAAAAUGUCUGUACAGCCAACGGUCUCCCUUGGGGGCUUUGAAAUAACACCACCAGUAGUCUCAGUGAAGUGUGGCUCAGGGCCUGUGCAUAUUAGUGGACAGCAUUUAGUAGCUGUGGAAGAAGAUGCAGAGUCAGAUGAUGAAGAGGAGGAGGAUGUGAAACUUUUAAGUGUAUCAGGAAAGCGGUCUGCCCCCACAAGUGGUAACAAGGUUCCACAGAAAAAGGUAAAACUUGCUGCUGAUGAUGAGGAAGAUGAUGAUGAGGACGAUGACGACGAUGAUGAAGAUGAUGAUGAUGAUGAUUUUGAUGAUGAUGAAACUGAAGAAAAAGCUCCAGUGAAGAAAUCUAUACGGGAUACACCAGUCAAAAAUGCACAAAAAUCAAACCAGAAUGGAAAAGAUUCAAAACCAUCAACACCAAGAUCCAAAGGUCAAGAAUCCUUCAAAAAACAGGAAAAAACUCCCAAAACACCGAAAGGCCCUAGUUCUGUAGACGACAUUAAAGCAAAAAUGCAAGCAAGUCUAGAAAAGGGUGGUUCUCUUCCUAAAGUGGAAGCCACAUUCAUCAAUGACGUGAAGAACGGCUUCCGGAUGACCGACCAGGAGGCUGUUCAAGAUCUCUGGCAGUGGAGGAAGUCUCUUUAAGAAAAUAGUUUGAACAGUUUGUUAAAAUUUUCCGUCUUAUUUCAUUUCUGUAACAGUUGCUAUCUGGCCGUCCUUUUUUUAUAAUGCAGAGUGAGAA